AUGCAAUCGAACGAUUUGGAAGGUUACCACUUUCGAGGCAAUGAGGAUGAAGAAAUCCCAGGAGGAAUUCGAAAACUCAUUGUUGGUCCUGGAGUUCAAGUAUUACCCGAUCAUUGCAUAGAGAGACUAUUAUUUGUAGGUCUUCAAGAAGUCAUCUUAUGUGAGGGCUUGAUAUUGAUUGGAGACAAGAGCUUUAUUAGUGGAAAGGCUGUCUUUCACCAGUGCAAAUCUCUUGCAAACCUUGCUCUUCCGAAAGACUCGGUUGUGCUUCCGCCAGAACCACCUUGCGCUGAAACAUUUUACGAAGCAAGACUGCUAGAAAAAUGCUUUGGUCGAGACCAAGUUGACAUUGUCGCCGGUUUGAUGAACCGUUUCGACGAAUAUCCUAUCCACAAACUGUGCUACCACCAUUCCGCUAUCACUGCUCAAGAGCUGCGACAAUGUAUUGAUAAUCAAGACAAAAUUGAAUCAUCAUACGCGGACAAGCUUGGUAUGACCCCACUUCAUAUUCUCUUCUCGACUGUCGAACCAAGCCAUGACCUCCUCCAUGUUCUUUUGGCUGCGCUCCCAUGUGAUAUUCUUGACUCUAAAGACGCCAAUCGUAUGCGACCAUUGGAUUACUUGUUCACCAACUGGAGUGACAAGACGAGAUCGUUGCUUCAAACGACAUAUCAGAUUUGGUUGAUUGAUCCAAUCAAAGGAUGGGGUCCAAACUCCUCAUGGGAGAAAGCGUUGAUGAGUAAGGUGGAAGAGAUUCUUGCCGAAGAUGGUGACACGGAACAACGAGUAGCUUUGUUCGAGAGAGCUUAUCGAAGAUUCAAAGAAUGCAAAGCUAUCGAGUCAACGUCGGUAUUGGAGAUCGCCUUGUGGAAAAUGAAGCUGAAGAGUGGGUGGAGUGAUGGCUGUCCGAAGCUUACGACAGUAGAUCGAGGGGAGUAUCGAUGUGUCUGCGGAUCAAAUGUCCUGAUUCCGAAUGUAAUCAAGUUCUUUGAUAUCCCAAGAGAGUGA